GGCGGAUGACAGGCUGACUUUGUCGAAUCACACAAAUAGCCUUCUUGAGCAUUUAUAAUCCCGAACUUCACAGUCGUAUAUAAUAGCUUCGGAUACUGUUUUGAUCUCCCUUACUCAUACAUUAGACCUUGGUUCAUACCCCAUCUAAGAAGGCCAUGACUAUUAGUUGCUUUGCCACAAUCAAUAGCAUCACAUCCACGCUUCCGCCGUCUCUCGAACGAAGCGAAAUAGAUACGACUACUACUGAGUCGUCAAACUCCUACACCACCAUCAUGACGACCGCCGCAUCGCGACGGACCCCGGCUCAUCAGCUCUCCGGAGCAUCCACACCAACCAUUUCUCAGUCGAAGUCAGAAGAUGUAAACUUCCAAGGCCUGCGCAUCCCUCGUGGACCUGUCAGUGCGAAUUUGUCUUUUUACAAGGCUCCUGAGGAUGGGUCACCACCAUACAACUACGUCGAGCCGCUCCCAGGUGUUCCCCAGCGAAACUGGGGUGACGGCUGGGAGGAAGUAAGAUUGGACGAUUUGCGCGGUCAGGAGCACAAGUUCAAUCUUGGAUACAACGCGUUCGAGACACACCAAAACAUUAAGAGCGCAGAAACAGGGUUUAAGGAUGAUGAGCAGAUACGCAGCGUUUACUACCCUGAAGUCGAGAAGUUACUGCUGGACAACGUUCCUGGCGCAAAUAGAGUCAUUCUGUUUGACCAUACAAUCCGCAGACCAACUGGAAACCGUAAUCCCGUUCAACGCGUACACGUUGAUCAGACGCCAAUGUCCGCCGCUGAGAGAGUCAGGCUUCACGCACCCGAGGAUGCUGAGCAGCUGCUCCAGGGUCGCUACCGUAUCGUCAAUGUGUGGCGGCCACUCAAUGGGCCGGUAAUGGGUUUCUCUUUGGCUGUUGCCGAUAGCCAAAGUGUGCAGGACGAGGAUCUGGUGCCCGUUGAGCAUCGAUACCCUCACCGCAACGGGCAGACAGCAGCAGUUCGGUACAACCUUAGUCAGAAGUGGUACUACUGGUCUGGCAUGCGAAACGAAGAUCGACUUCUGCUCAAGUGCUUUGACAGCGAUGAGACAGUCGGGCAGUACGGCAGAGUACCGCAUACUGCUUUCGUGGACCCAAGAACACCCGACGGGGCCGUGGGGCGUGAGAGCAUCGAGGUUAGGGCAUUAAUCUUUGGUUAGACCUUCCUGCAAGUGUAGAUAGUACGAAUCAUGAAUUUACGACAUUCAAUGUGCGAAU